CUCGACACACUAAGAAGGUAGGGGGGGUACAUAUUGAUGGAAAAUAGUAUGCUUCUGGACAUUUCUCCUUCCCUCCAGCAUCCUUCUUUCUUCUCAUCCCACUUGGUUUUUUUCAUGCUAUCCAUGCUAUGCUUAAUCGAUAGGUUUCAUAGGUUCCAUAAGAUCCAUAAGUUGUUUCCCCAUUUGUCAUUCGUCAUUCCCACUUGCCGGUUUGAAAAGGGACUAUAGUGUUGCUUUCCGUUACGUUGGAAAAAUAAAUAGACCACGAUGCGCCCGCAUAUUGUCACUUCAGCCGUCUUUUCCCUCUCUAGACUUACCAGUACUUCGGCUACCACUCGGGCAACUAAAGCUCUCAUAACUUCCAAUUUACCCCUUAAAGCCUUCACAGUAGCAACCUGUCCUCCUCUGAGACUAUUCUCCUCUACCGCUUCCCAGUGUACCUCUAAACCCUCGACGACAAUGGCUACUCCCAUCCUCGACCUCGUCAAGUCCCGCCGCACAUACUACGUGCUUAACAAAGAACUCCCCAUCUCUAAGGACCGUGUCCAAGAGAUUGUCAAGGAGUCUCUCCUCCACACCCCCUCAUCCUUCAACUCCCAGUCCAACCGUAUCGUAGUCCUCUUCGGCGCCGAGCACGACAAGCUCUGGGGAAUUGCUACAGAUAUCUUGAAGGCUAUCGUCCCUGAAGAUGCCUGGGAGCACACCGCCCAACGUAUGAACGGCUUCAAGGCUGCCGCCGGAACUGUUCUGUUCUUCGAGGACCAGAAGGUCGUCGACACCAUGCAGGAGAAGUUCGCCCUAUACGCCGACAAGUUCCCCAUCUGGGCUCAACAGUCCGACGCCAUGGCCCAGUACGUCGUCUGGACCGCCCUCACCGCCGAGGGUGUCGGCGCCAACCUCCAGCACUACAACCCCCUAGUCGACGCAAAGGUUGCCAGCGAAUGGGGCAUCCCCGACAACUGGAAGCUCAACGCCCAGCUCGUCUUCGGCGGCCGAUCCGGCGAGGCCGGCCCCAAGGACUUCCAGCCCAUCGAGGAGCGCUACAAGGUCUUCGGCGCCUAAACGCGCACGAUAUUUCCAACCACCACUACCGGUUGCUGCUAUCCUAACCAGCCCGUCUUCAUGGCCAACCUAGACAAGCCAAACAACUUAAGUCCUCAGAUCUAAUCGGUGUCGCGAUACGAGUAUGUCGAGUGCGCAAGGGAACCUUAUCAUCAUCAAUAUCAAUAUCAAUAUCAUCAUCAUCUUGGAAAGACAGGAACUGGAUUCAUUUUAGAUGCUGCUUUUAGAUAGACCGGGCGAAGUCGAGCGAGCCCUCCCAAUCCCCCUUCGUCGCGAAAAGAGUUCCUUAGACUUUGCUACCCCUAGGAAAGCGUUCAACACCACCUAUUAGAACUAUCACCAUAUAUAACUAAAUAAAUUAGUGAAACUUAUCAAA